CCCGCGUCUGGCUCGGAACGUUCGACACGGCCGAUGACGCCGCCCGGGCCUACGACGUCGCCGCCCGCCGCCUCCGUGGCAUCAAGGCCAAGGUCAACUUCCCCGACGCGGCGAGGGCCGGGGCGCGCUCGCGCCGCGCCAGCCGGAGAACUGCGCAGAAACCGCAGUGCCCGCCUGUGCGGACGACGGCGUACUCUGCCACCGCAGCUGCACACGCACACGUAGUACAGGCGGAGCAGGACGCUAUGAUGAUCAAACCUGAGCUGAUGGAGUUUUUUGAUGCGGACGCGUUCGUCGACCUGACCGCCGCCGUCGCCGCGCUGCCGCCUGUCACUGGCGCGAAGAAGCCGACGGUCGAUGAGGAUUCGUCGGAUCGGAGCGGCGGCUGCGCCAUGCUGGGGUUCGCCGACGAGCUUGGGUUCGAUCCGUUCACGCUGUUCCAGCUCCCCUGAUCCGUUCACGCCGUCAUCCAGGAUGCCCUCGGCGUGGACAAUGGCAUGGAGGGCGUCAGCCUCUGGAGCUUCGAGGAGUUCCCCAUGGACAGCGCCAUUUUUUGACGUUUCCGUGCGAUGCGCCCGAUCGGUUGUAAGAAUCUCCAUCUGGCAUCUUGUUCCAUGGUGCACAGAACCUUGCUGAGACCAGAUUCUGUUUCUUGGCCAGGAACGAAGGAAGGGCGCAGCCGAGCUAUUUUUUUUAAAUAAUACACUUUUUUUUAUGAA